AUGUCCUGUGUGCAUUAUAAAUUUUCCUCUAAACUCAACUAUGAUACCGUCACCUUUGAUGGGCUCCACAUCUCCCUCUGCGAUUUAAAGAAGCAGAUUAUGGGGAGAGAGAAGUUGAAAGCUGCCGACUGCGACCUGCAGAUCACCAACGCGCAGACGAAAGAAGAAUAUACUGAUGAUAAUGCUCUAAUUCCUAAGAAUUCAUCUGUAAUUGUUAGAAGAAUUCCUAUUGGAGGUGUUAAAUCUACAAGCAAGACAUAUGUUAUAAGUCGAACUGAACCAGUGAUGGGAACUUCAAAAGCAAUUGAUGACUCUUCUGCAUCUAUUUCUCUGGCCCAGCUUACAAAGACUGCCAAUCUGGCUGAAGCCAAUGCUUCUGAAGAAGAUAAAAUUAAAGCAAUGAUGUCGCAAUCUGGCCAUGAAUACGACCCAAUCAAUUACAUGAAGAAACCUCUAGGCCCACCACCUCCAUCUUAUACCUGUUUUCGUUGUGGUAAACCUGGCCAUUACAUUAAGAAUUGCCCAACAAACGGGGAUAAAAACUUUGAAUCUGGUCCGAGGAUUAAAAAGAGCACUGGUAUUCCCAGAAGUUUUAUGAUGGAAGUGAAAGAUCCUAACAUGAAAGGUGCAAUGCUUACCAACACUGGAAAGUAUGCGAUACCGACUAUAGACGCAGAAGCAUAUGCAAUUGGGAAGAAAGAAAAACCACCUUUCUUACCAGAGGAACCAUCUUCUUCUUCAGAAGAAGAUGAUCCUAUCCCAGAUGAAUUAUUGUGUCUCAUCUGCAAAGAUAUUAUGACUGAUGCCGUUGUCAUUCCCUGCUGUGGAAACAGUUAUUGUGAUGAAUGUAUAAGAACAGCACUCUUGGAAUCAGAUGAUCAUACAUGUCCAACAUGCCAUCAGAAUGAUGUCUCUCCUGAUGCUUUAAUUGCCAAUAAGUUCUUACGACAGGCUGUUAAUAACUUCAAAAAUGAAACCGGUUAUACAAAAAGACUACGAAAACAGUUACCCCCACCACCGCCCCCAAUACCACCUCCGAGACCACUCAUUCAGCGGAACCUACAACCUCUGAUGAGAUCUCCAAUAUCAAGACAACAGGAUCCCCUGAUGAUUCCAGUGACCUCUUCAGCUCACCCAGCUCCUUCCAUAUCUUCAUUAACUUCUAAUCAGUCUUCCUUGGCCCCUCCUGUGCCUGGAAAUUCAUCUUCUACCCCGGCUCCUGUACCUGAUAUAACUGCCACAGUGUCCAUCUCAGUCCACUCUGAAAAACCAGAUGGACCUUUCCGGGAUUCUGAUAAUAAAAUUUUACCAGCUGCAGCCCUUGCAUCAGAACAUUCAAAGGGAACCUCUUCAAUUGCAAUUACUGCUCUUAUGGAAGAGAAGGGUUACCAGGUGCCUGUACUUGGAACCCCAUCUUUGCUUGGACAGUCACUACUGCAUGGACAGUUGAUCCCCACAACUGGUCCAGUAAGAAUAAAUACUGCUCGUCCGGGUGGUGGUCGACCAGGUUGGGAACAUUCCAAUAAGCUUGGAUAUCUGGUUUCUCCGCCACAGCAAAUUAGAAGGGGGGAGAGGAGCUGCUACAGAAGUAUAAACCGCGGACGACACCACAGCGAAAGAUCACAGAGAACUCAAGGCCCAUCACUACCAGCAACUCCAGUUUUUGUGCCUGUCCCACCCCCUCCUUUGUAUCCACCUCCUCCCCAUACACUUCCUCUCCCUCCAGGUGUUCCUCCACCACAAUUUUCUCCUCAGUUUCCUCCUGGCCAGCCACCACCUGCUGGAUAUAGUGUCCCUCCUCCAGGGUUUCCGCCAGCUCCGGCCAAUUUAUCGACACCUUGGGUAUCAUCAGGAGUGCAGACAGCUCAUUCAAAUACCAUCCCAACAACGCAAGCCCCACCGUUGUCCAGGGAAGAAUUCUAUAGAGAGCAACGACGGCUGAAGGAAGAGGAAAAGAAAAAGUCCAAGCUAGAUGAGUUUACAAAUGAUUUUGCUAAGGAAUUGAUGGAAUACAAAAAGAUUCAAAAGGAGCGUAGGCGCUCAUUUUCCAGGUCUAAAUCUCCUUAUAGUGGUUCAUCAUAUUCAAGAAGUUCGUAUACUUAUUCUAAGUCAAGAUCUGGUUCAACACGUUCACGUUCUUACUCUCGAUCAUUUAGCCGCUCACACUCUCGUUCCUAUUCCCGAUCACCUCCAUACCCCCGAAGAGGCAGAGGCAAGAGCCGAAAUUACCGUUCACGGUCUAGAUCUCAUGGAUAUCAUCGAUCUAGGUCAAGGUCACCCCCCUAUAGACGAUACCAUUCACGGUCAAGAUCUCCUCAAGCAUUUAGGGGACAGUCUCCCAAUAAACGUAAUGUGCCUCAAGGGGAAACAGAACGUGAAUAUUUUAAUAGAUACAGAGAAGUUCCGCCACCUUACGACAUGAAAGCUUAUUACGGGAGGAGUGUUGACUUUAGAGACCCAUUUGAAAAAGAGCGUUACCGAGAAUGGGAAAGAAAAUAUAGAGAGUGGUAUGAAAAAUAUUAUAAAGGUUAUGCUGCCGGAGCACAGCCUAGACCAUCAGCAAAUAGAGAGAACUUUUCUCCUGAGAGAUUUUUGCCUCUUAAUAUCAGAAAUUCUCCCUUCACGAGAGGCCGCAGAGAAGAUUAUGCUGGUGGACAAAGUCAUAGAAGUCGAAACUUAGGUGGCAACUAUCCAGAAAAGCUUUCAACAAGAGAUAGUCACAAUCAGAAGGACAACACAAAGUCAAAAGAGAAGGAGAGCGAAAAUAAUCCCGGAGAUGGUAAAGGAAACAAACAUAAGAAACAUAGGAAAAGAAGAAAGGGGGAAGAGAGUGAAGGCUUUCUAAACCCCGAGUUAUUAGAAACUUCUAGGAAAUCAAGAGAACCUACAAGCAGUGAAGAAAAUAAAACAGACUCAUUGUUUGUUCUCCCAAGUAGAGAUGAUGCUACACCUGUUAGAGAUGAACCAAUGGAUGCAGAAUCCAUCACUUUCAAGUCGGUGUCUGAAAAAGACAAGAGAGAGAAAGAUAAACCAAAAGCAAAAGGUGACAAGACCAAACGGAAAAAUGAUGGGUCUACUGUGUCCAAAAAAGAAAAUGUUGCAAAACCUGCUAAGGGACCCCAAGAAAAACUAGACGGAGAGCGUGAAAAAUCUCCUCGAUCUGAACCUCCACUUAAAAAAGCCAAAGAGGAGACUCCAAAGACUGAUAAUGCUAAAUCAUCAUCUUCCUCCCAAAAAGAUGAAAAGACCAUUGGUACCCCCAGAAAAGCUCACUCUAAAUCAGCAAAAGAACACCAAGAGACAAAACCAGUCAAAGAGGAAAAAGUGAAGAAGGAUUACCCCAAAGACGUCAAAUCAGAAAAGCUAACUAAUAAGGAAGAAAAGGCCAAGAAGCCUAGUGAGAAAAGUAAGCCACCUGAUAGCAAGGGAGAAAAAAGAAAAAGAAAAACUGAAGAGAAAAGUGUAGAGAAAGAUUUUGAGUCCUCUUCAACGAAAGUCUCUAAACUGGAAAUGACUGAAAUAGUGAAACCAUCACCAAAGCGCAAAAUGGAACCUGAUAUUGAAAAAAUGGAUAGGACCCCUGAGAAAGACAAAAUUUCAUCAUCAACUGCCCCAGCCAAAAAAAUUAAGCUCAACAGAGAAACUGGUAAAAAAAUUGGGAGUACAGAAAAUGUAUCUAAUACGAAAGAACCCUCUGAAAAAUUGGAGUCAGCAUCUAGCAAAGUUAAACAAGAAAAAGUCAAAGGAAAGGUCAGACGAAAAGUAGCUGGAGCUGAGGGAUCCAGCUCAACUCUUGUGGAUUAUACAAGCACGAGCUCAACUGGAGGCAGUCCUGUGCGGAAAUCUGAAGAAAAAACAGAUACAAAACGGACUGUCAUUAAAACUAUGGAAGAGUAUAAUAAUGACAAUACAGCUCCUGCUGAAGACGUUAUUAUUAUGAUUCAGGUUCCUCAGUCCAAAUGGGAUAAAGAUGACUUUGAAUCUGAGGAAGAAGAUGUUAAGGCCACACAGCCUAUGUCAAGUGUAGGAAAACCCGCCAGUGUUAUAAAAAAUGUUAGCACUAAACCGUUAAAUACAGUCAAGUAUACUGAAAAAGAAAGUGAGUCGUCAGAGAAAAUUCAGAAACUCACCAAGGAAGUUAGCCAUGAAAUUAUACAGCAUGAGAUCAAGAGUUCAAAAAACUCUGCAUCCAGUGAAAAGGGGAAAGCCAAAGAUCGAGAUCAUUCGGUGUUGGAGAAGGAAAACCCCGAAAAGAGGAAAAACAGCACUCAGCCAGAGAAAGAGAGUAACUUGGACCGUCUGAGUGAACCAGGAAAUUUUAAAAGUCUGUCUCAAUCUUCCAAAGAGACAAGAACUUCAGAAAAGCAUGAUUCCGUUCGAGGUUCCUCGACUAAAGACUUCACUCCCAACAGAGACAAAAAAACAGACUAUGACAACAGAGAGUACUCAAGUUCCAAACGUAGAGACGAAAGGAAUGAAUUAACAAGAAGGAAAGACUCCCCUUCUCGAAGUAAAGAUUCUGCAUCUGGACAGAAAACUAAGCCAAGGGAGGAGAGAGAUUUGCCUAAAAAGGGAACAGGAGAUUCCAAAAAGAGCAAUUCUAGUCCCUCCAGAGACAAAAAACCUCAUGAUCACAAAGCCACUUAUGAUACGAAACGCUCGACUGAAGAGACAAAAUCUGUAGAUAAAAAUCCUUGUAAAGAUCGUGAGAAGCACACGUUAGAAGCAAGGAACAAUAAAGAAUCGGGUGGCAACAAAUUACUGUAUGUGCUUAACCCACCAGACCCGCAGAUUGAAAAGGAGCAAGUUACUGGGCAGACUGACAAGAGCGCGGUCAAGCCUAAGCCACAGUUAAGCCACUCCUCCCGACUUUCCUCCGACUUAACUAGGGAAACUGAUGAAGCUGCUUUUGAACCAGACUAUAAUGAAAGUGACAGUGAAAGCAACAUAUCUGUAAAAGAGGAGGAAACUUCGGGAAAGAUUGCUAAGGAACUGAAAGAUAAAGUCGUGGAGAAAGCAAAAGACAGCCUGGACACGGCAGCAGCCAGCCAGGUAGGCACCGCCAGGAGCCAGAGUCCAAGCAGCCCUAGUGUUAGUCCAAGCAGAAGUCAUAGCCCUUCUGGCAGCCGGACCCGGAGCCACAGCAGUAGUGCCAGCUCCGCAGAGAGUCAGGACAGCAAGAAGAAGAAGAAGAAGAAGGAAAAGAAGAAGCACAAGAAACACAAAAAACACAAGAAGCAUAAGAAGCAUGCAGGCACUGAAGGAGAGUUAGAAAAAAGCCAAAAACACAAACACAAGAAAAAGAAGUCAAAGAAGAGCAAAGAUAAAGAAAAGGAGAAGGAGAAAGAUGACCAAAAAGCGAAAUCUGUCCCUGUAUAA